GAGGGUGGAGGGGGGAGAGAGAGACAACAGGCAGGAAGGUUGGCAUAUUAACACGAGUGAGGCUCUCCCGCCGCGUCCCCGCGAUCCCCGGCUCCUCGGAGGGGGGCGUUUGCGGUGCGGGCUGCGGCCGGCGCGCUGCACCCGGUGCCCGCGGAGCUGCGGGGGGGGCGACCGCGGGUCCUGCUCGCAGCCCCCCUCUCUUCUAUGAGCAGCGAAGCAGAGGAGCGGCAGCAGGGAACACCAAGAGAGGCAUUUCUUCCCCAGGGUUUAUGAAUGGCACUGACAUGGAGGAAAUACCGUUUCAGAAAGUCAAGACCAAGAGGAAGAAGUGCUGCCACUGCUGCUGCUCCCCGCCGUCUGCCGCGGCGGCGGGCGCGGGAGCCGGGCUGGGGGAACCCCCUCCCUUGCUGCUGCUGGAUGCCAUCGCCUGCGAGGACGAGUUCGACUGCAAGGAACUGGAGGCUCUCUUCCAGAGCUACAACCUGAAGCUGGAGCAGACGUCCACCCUGAAGGCGCUGGCCGUCCUCAUCGUGCUCACCGCCAGCCUGGCCCUGGUGGAGCUGCUCUCCGGCCCCAGCCUCACCAUUUCCAAAGGCUCGCACCCCGUCCACUGCAUCAUCUUCCUCUCCCUAUUCAUCGUCACCAAUGUCAAGUACCUGCAGGUCACCCAGCUGCAGCAGAUCGUCAAGCUCACCUUGCUCUUCAGCUUCACCUUCUCCUUCCUCUGCUGCCCCUUCUCGCUCGGCGCCUACGGCAUGGAGCCCCCCAGCGCUCCCGAGCAGGGCAUGUGGCAGCUCAUGCUGGUCACCUUCGUAUCCUACUCGCUGCUGCCCGUCCGGACCCUGCUGGCCAUCGUCUUCGGGCUGGUUGUGUCCGUCUCCCACCUCAUCGUCACCGCCACCUCCGUCAGUGCCAAGCGGCAGCGGCUCUGGAGGACGCUUGUGGCCAAUGCAAUCCUUUUUGUCAGUGUAAAUUUGUAUGGGGUCUUUGUGAGGAUUUUGACGGAAAGGGCUCAGAGGAAGGCGUUCCUUCAGGCCAGGAACUGCAUUGAGGACAGGCUGAGGCUGGAGGAUGAAAAUGAAAAACAGGAGCGCCUCUUGAUGAGUCUGUUGCCUAGGAAUGUUGCAAUGGAAAUGAAGGAAGAUUUCCUGAAACCUCCUGAAAGGAUUUUCCACAAGAUUUACAUUCAGAGGCAUGACAACGUUAGCAUUUUAUUUGCAGACAUUGUAGGGUUCACUAGUUUGGCAUCGCAGUGUACUGCCCAAGAGCUGGUGAAGCUGCUGAAUGAGCUCUUCGGCAAAUUUGAUGAAUUAGCUACGGAAAACCACUGCAGAAGAAUAAAAAUCCUAGGGGACUGUUACUACUGUGUAUCAGGACUGACGCAACCCAAAACAGAUCAUGCCCAUUGCUGUGUUGAAAUGGGACUGGAUAUGAUUGACACCAUCACAUCUGUUGCAGAAGCCACAGAGGUUGAUCUCAACAUGAGAGUUGGAUUGCAUACAGGCAGGGUGCUUUGUGGGGUUCUGGGUCUCCGAAAAUGGCAAUAUGAUGUCUGGUCAAAUGACGUGACUUUAGCUAAUGUAAUGGAAGCUGGAGGACUGCCUGGGAAAGUUCACAUUACAAAGACCACCUUAGAGUGCCUAAAUGGGGACUAUGAGGUAGAACCAGGGCAUGGUCAUGAAAGGAAUAGUUUCUUGAAGAAGCACAAUAUUGAAACAUAUUUUAUUGUGCCAUCCCAUCGUAGGAAGAUAUUUCCUGGGCUAAUUCUCUCAGACAUUAAGCCUGCCAAACGAAUGAAGUUCAAGACAGUCUGCUACCUGCUCGUUCAGCUCAUGCACUGUCGUAAGAUGUUCAAAGCAGAGAUCCCUUUCUCCAAUGUCAUGACAUGUGAGGAUGACGAUAAGAGGAGAGCAUUAAGGACAGCCUCUGAAAAACUCAGGAAUCGUUCCUCUUUUUCUACCAAUGUUGUAUACAACACUCCAGGAACUCGAGUAAACAGAUACAUCAGUCGUUUGAUAGAGGCCCGGCAAACUGAGUCUGAGAUGGCUGACUUGAACUUCAUUACCCUGAAGUAUAAGCAAAUUGAGCGUGAAAAUAAAUAUCACCAGCUUCAGGAUGAGUACUUCACCAGUGCUGUAGUUCUCUCACUAAUUCUAGCUGCCUUAUUUGGCCUUGUCUACCUUCUAAUAAUACCACAGAGUACCGUAGUUCUUGUUCUCCUGGUGUUCUGCAUAUGCUUCCUAGUGGCUUGUAUUAUGUACCUACAUGUCACGCGAGUACAAUGUUUUCCAGGGUGCCUGACGAUACAAAUUCGUACCAUUUUGUGUAUUUUUAUUGUGAUCUUAAUAUAUUCCGUGGCUCAAGGAUGUGUGGUUGGCUGUAUGCCUUGGGUUUGGAAUACGAAUUCCAGCAGUUCAAUAGUUAUCAUUUCUCCUGGUGGAACAAAUAAAACAAUGAAUGAACUUCCAUGUGACACAGCCCACUAUGCUUUUCUUUCUUGUGUGGUGGGGACUCUCACCCUGGCAAUAUUUCUACGAGUAUCUUCCUUGCCAAAAAUGAUUCUCCUGCUUUUUGUUACAAUUUUGUACAUAGUUAUUCUGGAACUCAGUGGUUACAGAAAUGCAGUGGGGGGUGGCUCCUUUUAUAUGCGUGGCUAUGAACCAAUACUAGCCAUUUUGCUAUUUUCUUGUGCUUUGGCACUGCAUUCCAGGCAGGUGGACUUGAAACUGCGUCUGGACUACCUCUGGGCCGUGCAGGCAGAAGAAGAAAGAGAUGACAUGGAGAGAGUCAAGCUGGAUAAUAAAAGAAUUCUCUUCAACCUGUUACCAGCACAUGUUGCACAGCACUUUCUUAUGUAUCCAAGAAAUAUGGACCUUUAUUACCAGUCAUACUCACAAGUGGGAGUGAUGUUUGCUUCCAUCCCAAAUUUCAAUGAUUUCUACAUCGAAUUGGACGGCAAUAAUAUGGGAGUGGAAUGUUUACGGCUUUUAAAUGAAAUUAUUGCUGAUUUUGAUGAGCUUAUGGACAAAGAAUGUUAUAAGGACAUAGAAAAAAUCAAGACAAUUGGAAGUACAUAUAUGGCAGCUGUGGGACUCGUACCUACGUCAGGAACUAAGGCUAAAAAAUCAAUUUAUUCCCACCUGAGCACACUGGCAGAUUUUGCAAUAGAAAUGUUUGACGUUCUUGAUGAAAUCAACUAUCAGUCUUACAACGAUUUUGUCCUGCGCGUUGGUAUUAAUGUUGGGCCAGUAGUGGCUGGAGUCAUUGGAGCUAGAAGACCACAGUAUGAUAUCUGGGGAAAUACUGUAAACGUUGCCAGCCGGAUGGAUAGUACUGGAGUGCAGGGGAAAAUUCAGGUGACAGAAGAAGUUCAGCGGAUAUUAAAAAGGUGCAGUUAUGAAUUCGUGUGCAGGGGUAAAGUCAGUGUAAAGGGAAAAGGUGAAAUGUUGACUUAUUUCCUGGAAGGAAAGGCUGAUGGAAAUAAUUCACAAACACGGUCUUUAAACUUAGAGCGGAAAAUGUACCCUUACGGGAGAGCAAACAUUCAAACAAAACUGGGCACCAGCUGUCCAUCGGUGUCCUCAGUUGCUAGCUUUACUGUAAAAGCUGGGCAUGGAGCGGGCCAAUCAUCUGCCACUCACACAAAUCAAACACUGCAUUACCUUCCUUCUGUGCCAGCUGUGAAAGAGACAUAGAAUAAAGGAGGUUUGGUUGUGCCAUUUGCAGUGAACUCAGAAAGCAAUGGCUGCCUGAAGUUUUACCAACAGAUCACAGGUCAUGGCAUUAACCAAGGACCACUACAACCCAACCAAAGAGAACUUGGGGACUGUGUAACGAACUCUUGGGAUGGAACAUAUAAGGGCUAGAAAUUCUGCUGGGAAAAGUCAAAACCUGAUUUUCUGGAAAAGAGGAAUAUUUUCUUGGCAUUUUUAAAGGGUAAAUGAAAAAAUGAGAUAAACGUGCAAGCGAUUAUGUAUGUGUAUGUGUAUAUAUAUAUGUUUUAAUCUAUAUAUGCACAUAUACAAAUAGUCCUAUGUAGACUUAAUAGAGAUUUAUAGAGAUAAACAUUAGAAAAUGUAUUUAUUUACACAUCCACCUGCAAUGACAUUGCAAAGAGAUUUCUCCUUCUGUCUUAGCCAACAUUGUUGCUUCUGGGAUUAGCAAACCUGCAUUUGACUGUGGAUUGUGGGGCAGCUGGAGACUCUCCAGGGCUACAGAAAGAGUUAGAGAAACUGUGCUUCCAGUGCGUGAGUUAAAACAAGGAGAACAUUGUUCAUUGUGCGGUGAAUGGCAGAUUAAUGAAGGCUGGGUUUAGCUAAUUGCUAAACCCUAGGUAUAUAUUUUAAAUUGUCCUUGCAUGCUCCAAAAACUUAAAAAGAAAAAAAAAAUCCAAUUCAAAGAAUAACACUUGGAUGUAAAGUGGAUGAACCACAGAGCUUAAAGGUUUGGCAAAAAUGAGAUGUAUUUUUUAAAUUAGAAAAAGAAACAAAGAGUGAUGGAGCUUAGGAGUUGCUGCCUCUUCACAAGUCAUUUGACUCAGCAAAACAGAGGAGCACCCUGCAAGCACAGCAACAUGCUUAUGCAAUAUAGAAACAUUCCUUUAUGUACACUGCUGAUUUUAUUGAAGAGCUGAAAGAUGGUAUUAUUUCAGGUCCUGUGGCUCAGUUCCAGCAUUUAGCUUUACCUUCCUAAACUGCUUAAAGAAUGGUCCUGUAAUGGUGACAAACAUGCCGUUGCUAGCUUUGUGGCAUUUGUAUGUUUGCCAACGUAGUCUUACAUCUUAAUUGAUUUUUAAAUUUAUGCCACAGUUUUAUUAUAUCUUGAUUCUAUCCAGGCUUACUCUUCAAAGCUGUACAAUUAUAGAAAGCUAUAAUUCUGAGGAACAAGCACAGUCAAACUUUGUCCAAAUGAGGAGCACACUGGUAAACAUGCCAGGAGAGUGAGGCCUGUUCUUAAUCUGCAUAAAAGGGAACAUAUUUUGACUGGUUUUUUUUUCCUUUAAUGCAGCCCACAUCCUAUUGUUCAUGGUUUCAUCUUGAAACACUGAUCUGGAUGUGAAGUGUGGAGUGCAGUUCUGUAGUUAUGGUGGGGGCAGCUGGAGGUCAUCCUUCCGAGUGACAUGCGCUCCAUGAACAGGUGACAUGCUGUCCUCAUGGGAAUGCACAAGCUAACCAGCCUCACUGCUUUCCAAAAGAGAAACAAAUCCUGAUGUUGUCUAAAAACAUGCAAACCUUCCUUUUAACUGAAAAAAACCAAACCAACCCCAAAAAUUACCCAAACCCAAAAGACCCACUCAAGACUGCAGAAGUUGUCCAGAUAGUACAGUAGAAAAUUUGCAUGCACUAGGUGUCACAUUUCCCUUUUGUGGGCCUAUUUUACUACUGAUUUCAGUGGAAAGAAGAUUCUGAGUAAUUCUCCUGCAAUCAGCAUUUUCUUUGGAGGAGUCUCUAUUUGUGUUAGAAGUAUAUGGAGAAAUACUCAGUCAACAGACUCAAACAAUUAAAGAAAUGUGGCAGGAGUUUCUAUUCUUCGUGUAGCCGUAUAAGGCUGCUGUGGGACUCUAGUGGUUUUCAGCAGGGCUUUUAAUUAAUUUGUAUGUACCCUGUCAACUAGGUACUUCAUCACAAAGCUAGCAAAAUUACCAUUGUGAUUGAAGUAAUUAUAAAAACCUGAGAAUUGCUUCCUAACUGUACUAGGUGUAUGCACUCAGGCUGAUCUGUGCAGUCACUACAAUUCUUUAUUUCCUUAAAUGCUAUCCAGUUCAUCACAGAUAUUCUUCUAGAAUAAUGUAAUUAAUAAUUUAUUUAAUUAAUAAUUUAAUUAAAUUGAACAAGUGAUGAAUCAUCACAAACGUAAGUUAAAUAUCUAACCAAAAUUAAAAGCAUUAUGUGCAAUAGCAUUAAUCACGAUUUUUGAAUCAGUGAAUUUGGUAUAAAUUCACUGAUAAUAAUAAAAAAAAUAUUUUUACAGGUACUGUUUUUAAAUGCAUGUUCAGAUCCCAGCAGUAGGUCUGGUAGUACGUGAACACAUAGACCAAAACCAGCUAUUGACUCACCCCUAAAGUUACAAUGAAAUUAUUCCCUUGUUACUUCUUUAAUAGCUUCAAGAUACAGGCAUAUUGCCAUUGUUUCUUUUGUCGCUCAGUAGAUAGUGAGCAGAAAUGAAUUGUUCCCUGUGCUAGUAUUUUCAAGACUGUUCACAUUCCCAGCAUAGCCCUGGAGUAAUGUCAGUGGAAGAUCAAGUAGCGAGGUAAAUUUAGAUUAUUCACUUCAAUAUUUUAAAAGAUUAGCAGGUGCUGGUUGAAUUACUCCAAAGGUUUCCUAAGCCUGAUCCUCUUCACUAACAGUGAAAUAAGGCAUAUGACUUUUGUAAGAAUGUUUUCCAUGUUGAAUGGAAGAGACUAGACAGGCGCUGUGUAUCAUCAGCUUCUUAUUCAGCCCUUUUGCAGGAGGUCUGUGCCUCUGGAGCAGGUUGAGUGGACCAGGUUGACUUGUUGGUGCUGCAAUCAGACAGUUUCCAGGCUUUGUCUGAGUCCUUUUUAACAUUUUUCAUAUUUUUGUUUUAGUUCUUGUUCCUGGUUUUACAAUAGGGAAAUUAUAUUUUUCUAUGUAGCCCUGGACUGCGCAGUUCAGGAUUGUGAAGAAAGUUCAGACGAGGCACAAAUUAGUAAAAAGCCCUGUGAAGAUGGUAGUGUUCAGUGGUCAUUCCAACAAGGAAAACUAAAUACCCAUUGAAACUGUGUUAUAAUGAAGCUGUGCUCUUGUCUUUCUGCUUUCCCUCCCUACUCAUAUAAUUUUUCCCUAUUUUCCUUUUCUGUGGACACUUCAGCUCUCACGUGAUGCCCUUAACUGACAAAUUUAACAUGCCUGCUCUUCUGCAUUCUUAGAUAUAUUCAGUAAGUUUUAGACAUGGAAAGAGGUAGCAGUAAUGCUUCCGAGAACCCCACAAAUGCACAUUUUCUGCCAAAUUAGAAAAGCUUGUAAUCAUAUUUUUACUUGCAAUUGGGUGAAGAUAGUAUUUGUCCCACCAAUAUCCCUGAAAAUCAUGAGAAGGAUUUAUUGGAUUGCUAUGGGAUUUGGGUUGUGUCCACCUUAAUGCAUGCAAUUGUAUUUCCUGUCUUGCAUUUAUUAAUUUUCUGGUCAAGCUCUGUAAAAUUUGCCUGGUUGACCUUCCUGUAGCCCGAGCAAUGAGCCAAUUCUGCUCCACAGUACUCAUAAUUCCAUCACAUUUAAGUAAGGAUAGUCACUUGUAUUGUGGGCAGAACAGCUUCCUGCACUUCUGUUGACUGUUUUGUGCAGCUGUAACAGAAUGGAGCCCUACCACAGAGGGAUGCCAUUUUGGCAUGUUGAUGUCUGUCUAUAGCAAGCACAAUAUUUCACAUCAAUUUGCACGUUUUCUCUUUCAGAUAAUAGUAAUAAUCGAAGUCUUUCAUUCUCUAUGUAAGGUGAUAAGUAUCAGAGCUCUUGAGACUUCGUUGUCUUGGAGAUAAUUUCAAAUUGUUUCUGUGCUAACUUUAUCUUUUAAUUAUUUUUAAAUUAUUAUUCUCUGCUGAGAUUACAAACUAGCAUUCAGUUGAAUUACUGGCUAGAUAUUUCCAAAUCUUUUCCAUUUGCAUUGACUAGAAAGGUACUUUACCCAGCCUGAAAAUACAUUGUUUUUUGUAGCUGCUUUCUGCUGUGGCAAGUCGUACUGCUUUGUGUUCACUUAAAACACAUGCAAAUUCUCCCUAGCUUUCUCUAGGGGAGUCUGAGAGCCAAAAGCUUCAGCUCAUUAGGGCUGAAUCUGCAUUCCUUGUGUUACCCACAAGGCAGAAAUCUCCAGGAGUUUAGCAUGCUUAUGAAUGUCAGGACUUGAGCUUCUGUAGGCCAAGUUCUGAUUUGGGUUACAGCGAUGUCUUGCGUCAGCACUGAACUGAAAAUUUCAGUAACACUGUAACCAAGAGUAGGUCAUGCGCCUAAAUCUCUUUCACGCUGUUGUCUGUAAUUUAUCUGUAAGGCAAUAGAAAGUAAUUCAGAGUCACUGUUUUAAGGGAAACAAUAUAUGACCUGUGCCAUUUCAGUGCUUUGAGGAGUCUGAACACAUUAGUAAGUAGUGUGAAUCAUUUUCAUGUGUUGAAUUCCUGCUUGUAGCAGACACAAAUCAUUUUCUUUACAUCAGCAAGUCCAGAUUCUGUAUGUAUUAUGACGAGACAGGAAGACUAUUUAGCCAUAAUGUUCUUUCGAGUUAGAGUUUUGUAUUACAGUGAAAACCAACAUUUUUUAAUUUGUGAUAAACCUGUAUUAUAAUGCCUUAUUUAUUUUUAAUCUUGUACAGUGUUACAAAACAACAGAAAACAUUGGCCUUUCAUGUAUUAUUCACUUUAAAAGAUGUAUUGUAUUAUGAAAUUUUGUAAAUAGUUUUAGCUCAGACAGGUAAUUGCAUGUACACUUGUAUAAAAAGAGGUAAAAAGGCACACUUUUAAUAAAUGUUAACAAUUUUUGUAAGAGACAUUUUACAUGUGCAUGGAGAUUAUAAAUCCUUUGGAAAUGGACGUCCUUUUGCUUAUCCUUGCAAUCUAUUGCAUGCCACUCAUGCCUGACUUCAGUAAAAAAAAAGAAAAUGGUAAGUUUUCCUAAAUGUUUUUGAUAUAUCACUUCUGGCACAGAAUUAAAUCCACUAGUUGCAUGUGCGUUCAGCAAAGCAAAAUCAAAAUGCAAACAGCAAAUAAAGAAGAAAAAUAAUUUAAUGAUCGUGAUCUGCCAACCUCAGUGUUGCAAGAUCCAUGAUACAGUGUAUGAAAAGUAUUAUAAACAUCUGUCUUCAUAAGAUACUUUCUGGUCUAUGCCGUCUUCAUAAGGUACCUUCUGGUCAUUAGGAGCAAUAAACUCUACUUACUGUAAUAUAAAAAGCAAAGAGAUAUUCUAGUUCAUAACGGUAUAAUAUCUGACAUUCAAUGGGUAUUCUCUGACACCACAUUUGAUGUAGUAUUGUCAAGAAGGAACAAGUGUCAAAUCCAUCAUUGCUGUAUGCAGGUGCAACACUAUGGAAGGUAAAGAAGUUUAAUUUGGCCCAUUGAUGUUACCCAGAGUAUAUUUCUAAUUCAGUAAUAAGUUAUUGUAUGUGAAAAGUACACAGUGCGAAUAGUUUGUUUUCCUAGAUACAUACAUAUAUAUAUGUAUGUAUAUAUAUAAAAAUUAGUUUUGUUGCCUUAUUUUUUUAUCUUGUCUGAGUAAUUUUCCAAACUUUCUAUUGAUAAGCAGAAAGUAUUUAACGAAGAUAUUAGGAGAAGGUUCAGUGGGUUGUCUGGCUUUGGGCCAUCUGGGUUCUGUGCAGAUAUUAGUCCUGCUCCUACUAAACCGAUGCUUACAAGGAUUCCUCCUCCCUUAAGCAUCAUAGCCUAGCCCCCAACUUGAGGGGUUGGGCCCCACGUCAGUUAGUGACACAGGAAUAAGAAAAUGCUAUCUAAUCCUUUAGCUCGUUUCUCCCAUAUUACAGCUGAACAAAACUUUAAAAUCUGGAGGGUUGUUGCAUGUUUCAGUUUUACCGUUGUCAUAUCUGUGUCACCAGGGACUGGGACUGCUUCUCAAAUUACUUACAUAAUAGCUAUUUGAUAAAUUAGGAGUAUUGUAAGAGCAUACCACUGACAGUGACUGCAGAGAGAAAGGAUGUGGACUGUGAAUACUUUCUACUGUGGAUUAAUAAAGAGUUCUUGUAUUUUACAGAUUUGAGCUAGUUUUAUAAUAGGCCUUAGAAAUCCAUUAAUUUGUUCUUUCAAUCAGUUGACUGUGGGAUUAACCAAGCAGUACAACUUCUGCAAGUGCUUCUGUCAUCAUAAAUUAGAAUAUAGAUUCAUGCAACUUAUCCCAGUUGCCUACAUACAUGAACCACUACCUUGUACUGAAUGAUUGGCUUCUUACAGCACUUAAGGAUUUCUAACAGUCAUAAACUAACUCAUCUCCAAUUCAGUGGGUUUUACAUCCCAGUGUGGCAUAAUUGUCGUGACUAAUGAUAAUCUGUACUCUCCUUCUCUACCCCAACCCUGUUUAUGACUGGCUUUUUCCAGGACUCUGUAUAAGCUUUUUUUAGCUCUUCAUUCCUUCUAAUCCCAUCUCUCUGUGUUUUCAGACCAAGUCUAAAUCAUUAAUAAAUAUAUAAACAUAAAUAAAUGUGAGAAAAGUACACAUAAAGGAGGGCUGCCUGUUGCUUUUUAAUUACUCUUUGUAAUGUCACAUUUCUUGUGUUGCCUGGUGAGACUUAUAAUCUGCAAGGACAAAAAAAAGGAAAAGGAGUAAAAAAGAAAGCACAAAGUUAGCAGGAGUACAAAAUAACAAUAAGAAAAGAAGCCUGUGAGAUAGCAGUUGCUGAAAGAAAUCGGUGAAAAGCCAGUACUCCUUCUGAAGUCAGUGGUAAAGCUGCCAGUGACAUGGAGCAGGUCUUAAGAAUCUGAGCUGGCAGAGUAUUCAACCAGGUUCUGAGUGCAACAAAAACAAGUCUGCUCAGCCAUAACCAUUUUUUAGUUUUCAUUUUCAAGAUUCUUUGAGAUCUCUUGCUGAACUGCUUUCAGAAUUUCAGAAGGAACUUAUUUUCUGAUCAUGAGGAAGGACCGUGACAUUUGAAUUAGAAUUGGUUAAUAUACAUAGCCUCUGUGCUGAAAGGACUUGGUUUUGCUUGUGCCUUACUGCAUGCUGGAGGAUCUGCUUUAUAUUAGGAUCCCCGUUUUAUGCCUUCUGUGGCAUCAAGCGUGUCACACCUGCAUAAAACUGAAGGAACAAACAGUGUUGCAUCACUGUGAAGCUUUUUUAACUGCUUCCUUUCCUGCUUUGGUUUACUACCAGCACAGAUACGUCAGUGCAAGGAGUACUCCAAGAGCUUAUCAAGGGAGGCCAUACACAGGUAUUUGUGGGUCCAAGCUAAAUAAGAAACACACGGUGAACUGAGUUCUGCAGAAAAUCUGUCCAGGUAGUUUGGAGCUCCUUUGAAAGAGCUGGCUGCCCUCCUCCUCAGGACAGGUUUAUAACACAUUGAUUAAAAACAUCCAGAAUGCUUACCUAAGAAGCUAAGGUGUGUUUUAAUUACUGCAGUUAUGCACACUAACGUGUCUUAUUUUCAAGUGCCUAACCUGCUGCUUUGAUCUUAGACCUGGCAACAGUGGCAACAGUUAUGAAAAAUUUGACCUGGCACAUCGAAGUUAUUUAGGUGAUUUCUUAUGUUUUUUACUCCUUAGGGCAAAGCUUGUCUGUUCAAAUGUCACAUUUCAAAUGCCAUUCAACUGAUAUAUCAAGAAUUUUCAAUGAACUAUAGAUGAAAAUGAAUUACCUGUGCCAUCACAAAACUACUUCGCGAUAAUCACAUUUUUAAAUUGUUUGAGUAGAAAUCCUUCUUUACUUAGAAUUACUGUUUCUUUACGGUAAGAUUACUAGGGUUCAAUGAAGAAAAAAAAGAAGUAAAGUGAUUGUGCAACUUGUUCCCAUUUACAAUUGUCUGCACAAAGUUGAACUUAGACAAAGCAAAUGAUGAGUUUCUUUUCUGCAUUCAAGCAGCUGGCUUUUGCACAGAGGUGGCUUUGGAAGAUGUUAAAGAAUACAGUAAGAAUGAAAGUUAUCCUUUCAGAGUUAGUGGUCUGAAACCCAGAUUGCAAGAGCACUUACGUUUCUAGCAUAAUUUAACCGAAUACAGAGAAUUCUAGAGCAGUGAUAUUAAUUUUCGAGAAAUUCUGACUGAGUUUAAAGCUGUCUUCUUGGAGUUUCUUUUCCAUAAUAUGCUUGUAUGUAGCUUUGCCUGUGUGCAAAUCAUCAGUUUGUACACAGAGUGUGCAUAAUGGUGCAAAACAGUAGUAAUUCACACAUUUUGCAGUUUUGAGUCAGUCUAGCCAAAUUUUACUUAUCUCUUAAAAUCUCUGCCACUAAAAUUUUUGCUGCAAUUCACAUCUGUCUAGAUUUUAUCCUGCUGAUUAGUCCUUGUUCUCUCACAUAGUUAAUUUUUGCCUUUCUGGUAUGUUUUAAUAGGUUCUCCUUGGAAAUGAGAUGUUAAGUAUUUUUCUGAUCUGUUAAUUGAAAAGAUUUUAAAGUGCAUGCAAAUCCUUCUUUUUACAAUGUAAAGCUCAGCAUCCUAAGAUAGGACACAGAAAACCACAUGGUGCAUGUGUUCUAUGACCAAAAUUGGUCUGCCUACACAUUAUUGCACAGUGUUGAUUGUAGGUUUACCCAUAAUUUUAAGCAUCCUAGAAAUAUUCAAAUGUAAUAAACGCCAUAGCACUAGGAGGAAAAGGAGAUAGGCAUUCCUGCCUGUCUCUUAACAUGACAUGAGUCCUCUUUGGAUGUAAAAAUGUGACCUGCCGCUCCUAAACACUGCUUCUUAAGAAAUUGGUGCCCCUCUUGCCUUUAACUUGCCUUCAGUUGUUCAGUGCCAUCACAUUUUUGUUGCAGGCAGUUACUGUCCAGUCAGGGCUGCUUACCAUCUCCCUCUGAAGGUCCUCCAUCACAUGGCUGUCAAACUUCUUCAAAAAGAAAAUAUGUUUUCAAAACACUUUUUUUUUCAUAUAGUAAGUGUUUAGGGCAAAAGAAAUAGCUUUGACAUAAUCUGUUACGAAGCAGCACAUGCAACAACAAACCUGAAUGCAUGAAUAAAUGUACCCUGGGGUGCAAGUGCAGGCACUAGCAGCUGGCAGCAAGCUGAGCAGCAAGGCUUAACCCUGCCAGCUGCAGGCAAAGCAGCAUCUCUGCUUGUGUCCCCAGAGACACAAGAUAAGCAAGAGUUAGGUAGCCUAAUUCAUGUUCCAUAGCAGUUUACUAAACACAUGCAAAACCAUUUCAAGGGUGGUCAUGUAAUCUGGAUGACACGCUUUAUUAAAAAAUAAGAGCAAGGAAAGAUGCAAUAUUGGGCUUUAAAAGGCUGGUUGAUAUGAAGUAUUCAGUGAAAAGACUGUGCAAGAGGAAUCUUACCUUAAGAGCUACUUAACCUGCAGAUGUUUGCAGCAAAUUCUGCCUAGAUUCCAAAUUAACCUGAAUGUUUUGCUUAAACUUUGAAAAAAAAUAUACAUGCAUCAAGCAGAGAUCGUUACUCCAUUCCUCAAAAGGAAAAACACAUGUAUUCUUCUAUUUAGUUUUCAUACAUGUUUUCAGAAGAUCUUUUAGUGAUCUUUACAUCCCAGUGAAUGGAAAUAUUAACUUUAAUGAUUGUUGAAUUGAUCAGGCCUUAUUCUAAGGUCUGUUCCUCCCUCAGUGAUGUCAAAUGGAGUAUUGCCAGUGACUUCAAAGGGACCAGGAGGAGGUACUACAAUAGAAACAUCUACAUAGGUAAAAAAAAAUAAUAGCCCUAACUUUAAGGAAUUAGCUAGUAAGUCAAGAUGUCAUUUUUCCAACUAUUACAGCCCACUGAACCUAUAAAUAAUUUUUGUAUCUAUAUAGCUAUACACUAUAUAGAUAUGGAUGUAUAUACAUAGUCCAAUACAAUAACUUAACACUGGGUAACUUCUAAUGAUAGAUUUGCAUUAAUAAUACGGGUCUAUUUUUAUGUAAAUACAAUAUUGUAGAGUAUCUUCCAGUCUUUUUCAGGAUUGUUAAAUUGAAAAGAGCAAUUGAAUAUUUGUCCUAUUUUUAUGUUAAAAAGUGAAUGGACUGAAAUGUUAAAUGUGAAUGUAAAUUUCUUAUUGCAACUUUUAUACUAAGUGUUUGCACUAUUAUAAUUUCUGGAAUCUAAUUAAAAAUAAAG